CUCUACAAAAUGACCGGGAUCAACCUGCAGAAGGUGUUUAGGCCGGUGAAGCAGGAGCUGAAGCCGCCCAGGUACAAGCUGAUGACGGAGGCGCAGCUGGAGGAGGCCACAAGGAAAGCCAUCGAGGAAGCUAAAGAAAGACUCAUCAUGCCGCCAGUUUUGAAUGAGCGAGAGCCAAUUGAUGAUGUCUUAGCAGAAGACAAAUUUCUUGAAGGAACCGAAACUACAAAAUACGUGUUUACAGAUUUAACUUACUCCGUCCCACAUCGUGAGCGUUUCAUUGUAGUUCGAGAACCGAACGGUGUAUUACGCAAAGCAACCUGGGAAGAACGAGACAGAAUGAUACAGAUAUUCUUCCCGAAAGAAGGGCGCAGAGUUAUUCCUCCAGUGCUGUUCAAGGACGAAAACCUUAGGACUGUGUUUCAGCAAGACCGUCAUGAGGACGUCCUUAACCUGUGCAUUGCUCAGUUUGAGCCAGAUUCCUCUGACUACAUCAGAGUUCACCAUCGAACAUACGAUGACAUCGAGAAACAAGCCAAAUACGAUCUGCUCCGCUCAACACGGCACUUUGGAGGACUGGUGUGGCAUCUAGUCAACAGAAAGAAGACGGAUGGAUUGCUAAUAGAUAUGAUCAACAGAGACUUGCUGGAUGAUGCUGCAAGUUUAAUUACACUGUAUCACAUGCUUCAUCCUGAAUGUCAAUCAGCAAAAGCAGCUAAAGAAGGGAAUCUUCAGGGAAUUGAUCUGAUCAAGGUUUUCGUGAGAACUGAAUCUCAGAAGGAAGGCUACGUACAACUCGCCCUCCAGGCUUACGAAGAGGCAAUGGCUACUUCUACAGCAUCAUGAAAUAAACCUUAGGUCAGCCUCUGUUUUAAGUCUGUUUAUAAGUGUUCUCUGUACAGGAGUCUGCAAUAAAUACUU